GCUCACGUACAGGCUGAAUCAAUCGUGUCUUUGUGGAGUAAAUGUGCGGCGGUUUGCGUCAGCGGGCAGCGGCUGGUGAACGGCGGCUAUAAAAGCGCUUGAGAGCUGAAGCGGCUCACACACGGCUGAUCUUCCUCUGACGGACGGGAUGCAGGAGCAGGAAUACAUGCUGAGAGGGAAGGAGAUGGUGGAUUUCAUACAGCAGUAUCUCACACGGAUCCGUGAGCGGCGGGUUGUUCCGGAUGUUCAGCCGGGUUACAUGCGUCCUCUGCUGCCCAGCAGCGCCCCGAAUGAGCCUGAGGACUGGAGCAGCAUCAUGAGGGACGUGGAGAACAUCAUCAUGCCCGGGGUGGUGCACUGGCAGAGUCCUCACAUGCACGCGUAUUUCCCUGCGCUCACCUCAUGGCCGUCUCUGCUGGGCGACAUGCUGGCAGACGCCAUUAACUGCCUCGGCUUCACCUGGGCCUCGAGUCCAGCAUGUACAGAGCUGGAGAUGUGUGUGUUGGACUGGUUGUGUAAAGCGCUCGGGUUGCCAGAUCACUAUUUACACCAUCAUCCACAGAGCAAUGGAGGAGGAAUACUGCAGAGUACGGUCAGUGAAUGUACGCUGGUCGCUCUGCUCGUCGCCAGGAAGGACCGAAUCCUGCAGAUGAAGAGUGAAUUCACACACGCCGACACCGACGAAUCUGUCCUGAACUCCAGACUCAUCGCAUACGCCUCCGAUCAGGCUCACUCGUCAGUGGAGAAGGCCGGUUUGAUCUCUCUGGUGAAGAUCAGGUUUCUAGAGACGGACGAGGCGUUUUCUCUGCGUGGAGAAACUCUUCAGCGCGCCAUCGACGAGGACCGGAGGAGAGGCUUCAUUCCCGUGAUGUUGUGUGCGACGCUCGGAUCCACCGGUGUGUGUUCCUUUGACCGUCUGGAUGAACUCGGCCCUGUGUGUGCGCGCGAGGGUCUCUGGCUGCACGUGGACGCGGCAUACGCUGGAUCUGCUCUGCUCUGUCCUGAACUGCGAUAUUUUCUCAACGGAAUCGAGUUUGCAGAUUCAUUCGUCUUCAACCCGUCAAAGUGGAUGAUGGUCCAUUUUGACUGUACAGCAUUUUGGGUGAAGAACAAGAUGAAGCUUCAGCAGACGUUCACCGUCGACCCGCUGUACCUGAGACACGAUAACUCCGACGCCACCGACUUCAUGGUGCGCUCACAUCACACUCGUUACGCUGUGUUAAUCUGUGUGAUGUUAAUUAACGCUCGUCUGUCGUUUCAGCACUGGCAGAUCUCUCUGAGCCGCCGCUUCCGCUCUCUGAAGCUGUGGUUUGUGAUGCGCUCCUUUGGUCUGAAGAACCUGCAGGCUCACAUUCGACACAGCGUGGAGAUGGCGAAGCUGUUCGAGUCUCUGGUCAGAAAUGACACAAACUUCCAGAUCCCGGCGCAGCGACACCUCGGCCUGGUCGUCUUCUGCCUACGAGCUGGAAACGGAGCGACGCAGGAGUUACUGAGGAAGCUGACUAAAUCCGGCCACAUGUUUCUGAUUCCAGCCGCCAUCGGGAACAAACUCAUCAUCCGCUUCGCCGUGACGUCGCAGUUCACCAGCGCGCAGGACAUCGAGAGGGACUGGAGCCUCAUCCAGCAGGCGUCCCGCGAGGUGCUGCAGGCCUGCGCUCUCUCCCGCCAGCCCAGCCUGAUCUCUGACCCCGACAGCUGCGAGGAGGACCAGGAGGAGGCGCCGCUGACCAUCCACUCGGAGCUGAGCCGGAUGCGUCUGGAGCCCAUGAUAGACGGGCGUCUGGUGCGUCAGGGCCAAAGACGGGCCAUCCGCUCCAUGAGCUGCAGCGCCGAGCUGCCGCCCGCCAGACCCGAGCGCUCGCACCCGCUGGAGCAGAUCCCAGAGCAGCCGGCGCAGCCGAGAGCGCAGAAGCGUCUGCUGAAGUUCCACAGCGUGCCGAGCCUGUCGCAGGUCUGGGCUCAGUGCGGCAUGCAGCAGCUCUACCACCCCUUCAAGAGAGGGCUGGUCACCAGCCGCGCCAGCUGCUUAAACUGCCUCCCUCUCACAGAGACCAGCCCACUGCACUCCGAAUAACACACACACACACACACACACACACACACACACACACACACUCACACACACACACACACUCUCUCACACACACACACACUCACACACACACAUACACACACACACACACACUCACACACACACACACACACACUCACACACACAGCACAGGACUCACAGGAGCGUCAGGGAUGUUUUCACACAGGCAGGUCAGUGAACAUCACAAUACACCCGACAUGAAAACACAUUCGUUCUGUUCCUUUAUGAUUACAGAAAGCAUCAUGUGAUCAAUGUCUCUCAGUAUUGAUUAAUAAAAACACAUUUACUUGAAAACACAUAUUUACUGCUAAAAGUUUGGACACACUGACUGAAUUUCUGUUUGUCAUCGUCCUAAAAACGAUGGACAAAAAUGGAUUUGCUUUCAGUGUUUCUCAAACUGGAGUUUGUGAGUCGAUGUAAAGCUAAUAAUUCAGCUGCGUUCACAUCCUCGGACUCAGAAUUAUGCUUUUCUAUGGCAACACUAUCGACACCAAAAUGAAUCUGCAGUGGUCACAUGACACAAGUGGGUGCUCAGAAAAUUCCCAGUUUACAAGUUACAAAUUACGAAUUCUACAAGGAUGUAAAUGCUGUUUUCAAGUCGUAAUCUCGUACUUUUGGUAAUUAUGACAUGGUGUGAACACACCCUUAAAUCAUAAAAAUUAAAUCAUUUUAAAAUAAAAAGAUAAAAAUAUAUAUUUCUUUACCUGUGUGUCAUCUAAGGAAGCCUGUUUCUGCCACGGAAUAAAACAUAAAAAAAGGUAAUUGCAAUAUUUUAUCUCACAAUUCUGACUUUUUUUUGUUGCAAUUGUGAGCUAAAAGUCACAAUUCCCUUUAUUAUUUUUUAUUCCGUGGCAGAAACAGGCUUCCAUAGUCAUGUGACCUACAUCAUGUGAAUGUGUAGGUAAAUUAUUAAAAUACUGAAUCUCAGAGGGACAAAAAUGUUUGGGAAUCUCUGAUGUGAAAAAAUUAUGCUUACAUGUGAUGUUAUUUAUAAUACAUUCAUUUACAAUAAUGCUAAAUUAUUAUUGUCUAAAGAUUAUUACUAUUAAUGUACCAUUUAUUUAUUUUUACAAAAUAUUUGCGACCUAGUAUUAGGUUUCAGUAAUAUGACAUUUCCUUCGAGUCACAGACGUGUUCAGACUCAGAUGUGCUUACAGUCGGUUCAUGAUCGUCUUCUCUGUCAGAUCAGUUCAUGGUUUGAUAAAUCCGAGUGUUUGUCACAGUCUCAAGUGUCCUUCACUGAUGGAGCUGAACAUCUCCUCCGUCAUGGGCACGAGCGUUUGCUUGGAGUCGUCCAGGAAGAAGACUUUAUUGCGGACGACGUUUGAAUCGAAUCCUUCCUGCACCAGCUGACCUUUGACCUGUUUGAAGGUUCCCGUCAUGUCCAGCUGGUUCUGAGGAGGAAACGGCCGUCAGACGCGCUGAGAACGAAAGCUCGUUUCCACAGCGGAAUCAAACAUGAGCUGCGACUUUUAUCUCAGAAUUGAGAGUUAUAAAGUCCAAAUUCUGAGAAAUAAACUUGCAAUUACAAGAAAAAA